AUGACAGAUACAAAUUAAUCAUAAAAUAGUCAGCAGGAGAUUUAACAAAGCAAUAUGUUAAUUGAAAAUGCAGUGAAAAUUCGUUGGAACAUCUGGUGUGGAUCUAGGCAAUUUGUGAAAAUAUCUAUUAAAAUUAGAAAUAAUAAUAAUGAAGAACUUAUUUAUAUCAAGAAUGAUAAAAUAUUAAGAUAGUAAAUAUUCAAUAUUAUAAAUAGGGAAAAGAUAUUAGAUUAAAAAAAUAAUAUUGACUUAAUGAAAAAUGUAGAAUAAAUCAAUCAUUUAACUUGGAGAGGUUUAUUUUCAAAUUUUAACAACAAAAUUGGAAUAUGGACUGCUUAUUGGAAACUUUAAAAAAUAAAUGUAGGAGGAUAUUAUGAUUAGAAGAGUUAAAAAUAAGGAAAGUGGAUAGAGAUUUUUGAAAAUUAUUGUGAGUAAUUAUCUCUAUUUAAAUACAUAGUUUUGCAGAUGCUACUUAUAUAGGCUAAUAUAAAAAUGGAUUAAAAUUUGGUAUAUGGGAAACAAUAUAUAAGAAUAAAAUAAUGUAAUAUUAGUUUAAUGAAGUGGUCUUGGAUUAUAUGAUACAUAGGGUUCAAAAAAUGGUGCAUGGAUAGAUCUACAUGAUAAUUUUUAUGAGUAUUUACAGAUGGCAUCUAUAUCUAUAGUGAAUGUUAAGUUACCUAUUAUGGUAAUUAUAAAAAUGGAGUUAAAUAAGGAUCUUGGGUGACUAAACAUAAGGGAUACUAUGGAAAAGAGUAUCAUAAGAUGUAUAUUUUUAUUUAAUAUUAGAGGAGGUGGAUUAUAUAAUGAAAAAGGUAUGAAAAUAGGAAUUUGGAAUGAAAUUAAUGAAAUUUUCAAUGAGUAUUAAAAGAUAGAAUCUUAGCAACUCUUAAGUAACAUUUAUUGGUGUAUAUAACAAUGGUAAGAAAUAGUAAAGGUGGAUAACAAACUUUUAUGAUUGUGAAGUGUAUUUAACUAAGUAAAUUUAUUUAGUGGAGGAGGUUAUUAUGAUAGCAAUGGAUAAAAAAUUAAUAAGUGGAUUGUAUUACAUGAAAAUUUUGGAGGGUAUUAUUGAAUUUAAUUGAAAGAGGUUGUGAAGUAAUAUAUAAGGGAUUUUACAAAUUUGGAAUUAAAUUUGGUAUUUGGGAAAUAUUGCAUAGAUAAGAUGUAGAUAAUUAAUUUUAAGUGAUGUAUUAUUAUUCCAUUUAAUCUAGCGGAUAUUAAAUGUUUAAUGAAUAUGGUGUGAAAAAUGGCUAUUAAACAGAAUUACAUGAAACAUUCUUAAAGUAAUAAAAAAAAUAAUUAAUUAGUGAUUAUUAGAUAAUAUAUGUUGGAUCAUAUAAUGAUGGAAUAAAAUCUGGUUAAUGGGAAAUCAAAUAUAGGGAAAGUAAUACAGAGGAAUUCAUCAAAAUGUAUGCAAUUGUAUUAUUAGUGGUGAGGGAUAAUAUGAUGAAAAAGGAUUGAAAAAAGGUAUAUGGAUUGAUAUUGAUGAUGAUUUCCAUAAGUAUUAUUAGAAUAAAAUUUAGUUAUAACAAACAAAUGACAAUUGGAUUAUAUAUAUCAGGAGAAAAAUCAGGAUAAUUUAUAACAAAAGAAUUAGAAUGA